AGACCCAGGAUCGUCACUUUGCUGUCUGGUCUUGCGUACAUGUCUGACAGGUCCAUGUCUUUACUACUUACUUAGUGCUCCAUUUAGAAUUCUGACGUUAUUCAAUGAGUUCGUUGUAUCAGUCUUGUACUCAGUAUUAUUUUCCUCUCUCUUUAGAUCACUGUAAUGGAUGAAACGUGGACCGUCUUCAGGAGAUACAGCCGCUUUCGGGAAAUGCACAAAACUCUCAAGAUGAAAUACCCCGAGCUUGCAGCUUUAGAAUUCCCUCCCAAAAAACUCUUUGGAAACCGAGAUGAGAGAAUGGUUGCUGAGCGGCAGAGUCACUUGGAGAAAUAUCUGAAAAACUUCUUCAGGGUUAUGAUGUCGCCCUCCUCGGGCUCUCCACUCUGCACUGAUUCGGACUCUGAGGGUGGUCUGCAGCUGUCCAAGUACACAGUCUGUGACUUCUCCCCGUUCUUCAAGAAGGGCGUCUUUGACUACAGCAGCCAUGGAACUGGUUGAAGACAUUUUAGAUGAGGACGGGUUGGAGCUAGCCUUGCCCCAGAUCUUUUUGUGCUGUUUUGCCAUUUCCUAUGGUCAUUGUCAUGCAUUGCCCAUUGGAGUUGCGCAAACAGAUCUGUGACCAGGCUACGAUGGAGCAGCUUUAAUCCCAAAACCAAAGUGUGCAGUGCCUUCGCAGGUCGCAGUCUAGGUAUUGACCUCAGUACAACCAAGUUAUCAGAGGCACUAAGGAACAGAUAUCUAACUUACUAGUUACCUUACUACAUUUUUCCUACUCGCUCUCCUUCCUUUCCUACUCGCUCUCCUUCCUUUCCUACUCGCUCUCCUUCCUUUCCUACUCGCUCUCCUUCCUUUCUUGUGGAAAUUGUACUUUUUAUGAGGACCAAACACAUGAGAAAUGGUCUCAUCUUAUAAGUCAAGUAAGUAAUGUAAUGACAACCGGUGUAGAAUAUUUCCUAUUACAGUGACACAAAAUGGUUCUAAAGUGGGCCUUGCUGAAAGGUAAUGCAACCGCUGCCAAUCUAGAAGACAUUGCAAAGUCCUGGCAGCAUUGACUUGCUAAGUCAUCCACUCUGCUCUCUUCCUGUUCACCACAGUUUCUCAGAAAUAAUGUUUUGAAGGGAGGCUUUACAAAAAAAUAUAUUUUUAUGCAGCUAUAAUUUCAUUGGCAACUCUAGUUUCUACCAUUUCUGGUGAUAUGUAAUUGAGACUGACAUGUGCUGUAACUAUGGGAACUGACCAUGAAGGCAUUAUUCUUCACUACCUGUAGUGUUAAGGGUAGCCUGUUUCUGUACUGUAUGGGUCAUGGCUUCUUGAACUUGCUUAAAGGGGAUGUUCAGUAUUUUUAUAACUUAAUGUUAAUGGUUCCUCAUCAUAAAAGUAGACUAACCCAACCAUGGGUUACAUUUCUUCUAGCCCAUAGAUUACCUACAAGGUUAGAAACCAAAAAACUGAACUUCCCCUUUUAAUGUUGAUACAAAUUUCUCAUUAUUACACAAUGUAUCAAUUGUAAAUAGUCUGAGGAGAGGAACUUUUGAGUGCGAUAACAAGGACUCAUGAUCCCUCCCAGUUUGGGUGAACUGUUAACUAGUCAUUUUGGUGAGCUCUCGAAGUAAUAGUGGACUUCACCUUUAGUGGUAGCUACUACAGUUAAACAUAACAUUUAAAAAGUCGAGCUGAUGUCACAUAUGGCAUUGGUUCAGGUUGAAUCAUAGUAUUCAGGAUUGUGAGAAUAAUCAUUGACGGUGGCGUCAACUAAUGGUGGCACAGUAUAGUCUCUCGAGACUUCACCUUUCGACACUUAAUUGUGUAUUUUUGGGCCUAGGCAGUUGGUGUGCCUACUGGUCGUGAAAGCUGUUGCUAACAGUGUUCCUCUCCAUGUUUCCAGCUGGCUAAUAGAAUGAUGCAUUUGUUGACUGCAUGUCUUCCGAGUUUCACAAUUAAUACAGUCACUGCUGCUGAUUCAACAGUUUUUUGGUUUCUAACCUUGUAGGUAAUCUAUGGGCUAGAAGAAAUGUAACCCAUGGUUGGGUUAGUCUACUUUUAUGAUCUUCUGCCCGAGAUGGCAUAGCAGUUCAGACGUCUUUUGUCCUCGUCUUGUCGUGUCGUGUAUAUAUAUAUAUAUUUACAACUUUUUUCACGUACAUUUUAUUUUUAUUUUCCAUCAACUCAUCUUCAAUACACUCUCCUGCAACCUGCCUCACCAAUUGAUAUGUAUAAAUACGUAUUAUUUACCUCAAAUCUGCAAUCCUCCAAGAAGCUAGCCAGAAACUCCAAGAAGCUAGCCAGGAGCUAAUCAGAAGCUAGUUAGCUUCUUUACUGGCAACUCGUUAGUAUUUAGCUAACCACGGUUUGUGGUCAUCAGCUAUCCUUUAACUCGAAAAUCUAUCGCCAGUUUUGUACGGCGCAGCGCGGCUCGGAACGGAACAUACCGGACCGAUUUUUCUCUCCAUGUCCCUGGAUUUCAACUGCUCUCUGGACAUUCACUCCCGGAUCUCACAGCUAGCUGGCUGCUAUCCGUGUGUCUAUCUGCUUUCGUCGAUUCCGGAGCAAACAUCAAUUACUCCGGAGCUAGCCAGCUCCGUCAAUCACUCCUGAGCUCCGUCAAUCACUCCUGGGCUGCAGUCACCUAUCCGGACCCGUUUUACUGCCUACGCGGAGCCCCACCGGGCCUUCACAACUGGACUGCCGACGUUAUCUACCCGAAGGAGAUCCGGCUGGCUCCUCCGUCGCGACGUUACCUGAAUGCCCAUCUGCGGCCUGCUAACCGUUAGCUGUCAUACCGGCUGCUCUCAGAAUAGACAAUCGGACAAUUUAUUUAUUUUUAUUAUUAUUAUGUUUCUUCUUGGGCCUCUAUAACUAUAUCUAUUGUUUUUAUUUUUUUGUUGUUGUGUGAUUUGGACUAAUCCCCUCUACAACACGGAACUCCACUAAUCUACUGACGGAACGCAAGAGGUGGCUAACAACAGACCUCCAUCCUAUGCUAGCUUGCUACCGAUGUCCUGGCUAGCUGUCUAAAUCGCCGUGACCCCCAAACCAACCUCUCCACUCCCUGGACCCUUUUGAUCACUCGACUAAGGAUGCCUCUCCUUAAUGUCAAUAUGUCUUGUCCAUUGCUGUUCUGGUUAGUGUUUAUUGGCUUAUUUCACUGUAGAGCCUCUAGUCCUGCUCACUAUACCUUAUCCAACUUAUUAGUUCCACCACCCACACAUGCAAUGA